CCAGAGCGAGGUUCUGCCAUCACGCAACGCAGUAAUUGCUGGAACUGACUUCGGCAUUGAUUGCUCCUGGCGGCAUGACGAUUCCGCCGCCGCCGCGACAGAGCGCGAUUGCUGAAGCGUUGUCGAGUCUCUCUCCUUUGAAACGAGACGAAAUUGCAGCGUACAUCAAUUACAUCGACGACGCCGUCGACAACGCGCUCUGUUUGAUUAACGGCCUGGGCAACAUCCGCUGGCAACCCGUCAAGCAGAAGGCGGAUGUCGUGAUCUCUCGCGCUGCCGACGACGUCAACAGUUUGUCCAACCAAUCCGCUGUCCGGACCGUGUGCACCGUGAAUGCUUCGUUCGACGAAAUGAUGGACCAUCUCAUCACGGAAACGACGGAGGUGUUCCGAGAACGCGAGGCCGCACUCUAUGGUGCCGAAUUUCUCGAUGGCGCCGUGCUGCAUGUCCUGCACCCUCGGGACUUUUCUUCCGAAUACACAUCGCAGCGCUUCGUGUGCAUCAAGUGGCACUGUCUCAAGGCCGUCGCGGCACCGACCAAGCCUCGCGACUACGUUUACAUCGAGCUUGUGGAUUCGUUUGUGGACGAUCAGAAUGUCCGUGUCGGUCUCCGGCUGUCCAAGUCAAUCGAUUUGUACGGCUUUCCAUCGCUGGAGGAAUCGCAUCGCUUCGUGCGAGCCAAAACAUUUACCCUACACACGUUCCACAGUCUCGACUCGAACAGUAACCCGACGUCCCGCGCGAGUGUCCUGUCGAACGGGUCGUCGUCGUCGUCACCUUUGUCGAGUUUCCAGGUGGAGCUGCGAUCGAUGAUCCUGGGUGACCACGCCGGCAAACUUCCCGCCUGGGUCGUCAACAAAAUGUCCGACCUGGCGGCGUUGCGGGGACAGUGUAUCCGGGACUACUUUGAGCAGAUGCGGCUGAGUACGCUACAGUGGGUCCCGCCGCACCACUUCGUUCCGGCCAGCAAGCGGUCGUUUUGCGUGAUUUGCACUCGGGGGUUUUCCCUCGUUCGGAAAAAGUACAAUUGCCAGGCGUGCGGCGAAGUCGUGUGCAAUCAGUGCAGCCUCGUCCAGUUGAUCGGGCCAAAGCGAACGAAAACGCGGGUGUGCGUGUGGUGCAACAUCCAGGCGAGGUCCACUGCUCUCCAAUGCUCUGGCAGCACGGCUGCCUUCUUUUCCAACCAGUCCAUAGCGAGUCGACCGUCGAGCGCGGGAAGUUUCCUCAGUCCACACAACAACAACUCGAUGUCGUCUCGGCCGUCGAAUUCCCUCCUUCCCACGAAUCUUCGCGGAUCCUCGUCGUCGUCGAUGGCGUCGACAGCCCGCGCGAGCGACAAGUUGAGCUCGGACGGGCCAUCGUACAACCAUUCGCAGAGCCAUCCAGAUUGGCAGAACCACCACUACGUGGCUGUCAACCCAAACCUCCCCACGACAACAUACCGGCGCAGUCAGUCGGAAAUGUAUGACCCAAUGCACCGGCACGGGUCGUUUGGGCCGUCGACGACACCGACGUCGACGUCGCAUGUUCAACGAGAUUCCAAUGGGAGAAUCAGCGACAACAUGCGCUUCACGACCAGCACGACCCGGACAUCCGUGGCGUCCAAUGCGUCGACACGGCCGUCCACAAACGCGAACCAGGACAGCACCCUCGCCUCCGACAUGGAGCAAGCUGUGCCACCACGUGAAGGCCUCGACUUGGGAGUGAGCCACAUCAAGCAAACUGCAAUUAGCAUCCCCACCCCCCCGUCAAGCCUCUGUCUGCUCGACAUGAACGUCUCGAUUGUUCAGCCUCAGACCAAUCAAGAUCUUGGUCGGCUGAGUGAAGCGUUGAGCGACGUCACGGUGCGCAAUUCAGACAUGUCGGAGCGCAUGAGCGAACUGGAUGUGGAUGCGUACGAUGACGACUUUCACCACCGCCACGAUGUUGUUGCGGAGGAAUGCGAUAUGAACUGGUCAAGUUUUGUGGAUGCGUUGGCCCACCCAGUGCACGCCGUGGCACCAAUUCCAGACGACAACGAGGUCGAUGACGACGGUCGUGGCGACGACGACGUUGAUUUGGACUGUCGACCGUCGCACUUGGCUGCUGAGGACUACCUGGAAGCGACGCGAAUGACGUUGGCGGAGAUUGAUCGAGGCAUGACCUCUGUAAAGGAAUCGGUCCACCUGACGGCAGCAAAGCUUGAGGAGCAAGAGCAGGGCGUCAUGACGCGGAUGUCGAUCGCGGCGACGGACUUUCAACCGCCGCCAAGUCAGCCAUUGUACCCCCGUGCCGUGUCGUCAGUGAUGGACACCCCUCCAGACGUCGAAAACCUGUUUGUCGUGCUCAAGUUAAAUGCAGACAUUGACCGGCUGCAGCACAAAAUGGAGACAGUACAAGAAGGCACGAUCCAACUGAAUCAAGUGAACGAAGCGAUGAACGAGAAGAUCCACACGCUGGAAAAGGUUGAAAGUGAAAAGGCCAUUGCCGUCGCGACCACUUCUCCAGACGAAACCAGCAGUGCCGUCGUGGUGCCGCCGACGUUGAUGGACGCCAUGGACCGCAUCAACGAAAACUUUAAGCAGUUGCAGCACCAGAUGGAGCGGGUGCAGGAAACGUCCACUAAAGUGCUGGACGUUAAGUUGGCCGACAGCCCCGUGCUUCCGCCGCCGCCGUCGUUGGUCAAGGAAUCGUCGGUCGAGUCGACGUCCCUCCACGAUGGCGUGCCUCCAUACCCAGAGUCUUCCCGAGGUGGGUUUGUGAGCUUCUUGGAAGAUAGCAGCUUCACCCCUGCCGCCCCUACCGACGCAGACGACAACCAUCCAGAAGGAUGGACCUCCGUGCACUCGAAAGUGUCUGGCAAAAUGUACUACUACAACCCGUCGUGUGGCAAAACGUCGUGGACGAUGCCGGAAGAAGACGACAUGGCGGCCACAAACAAUUACGUUGUCCUUUAACGUCCUAGUGUGAAUCAAAAGUAACAAUUCCGUCCUUCGAA